AAAGGGAAAAACGAACUGUAACAAACAACCGAAUUUCCACUGAGCAGAGACCACGGAGGAGAGGGAGACGGAGACACAACAAAAUGCAGGCGAUUCGAUCUGGAAUUCGAGCUCUCCGGUCGUCGUCGUCCGGCAGCUUCUUGAAUGUAGUUUCGUCAUCUUCGAUCUCUGCGUCGGCAAAAGUUGGCAUUAUAGGUGGAGCUAGGGUUUACUCCCAGACAGCUCCUGCGUAUUCCCCAAAUUCCUUGGAGAAACAUGAAGUUACUACUCGAGUUCUUGAUCUUCUCAGAUCCAUCCCUUUUAUUGAUCCUUCCAAGGUGAGUGCAACUGCCGAUUUUAAGAAAGACUUGCAACUUGAUAUGCUUGAUAGCGUGGAAGUAAUUAUGGCCGCAGAAGAAGAAUUUGCACUUGACAUUCCUGACAAUGAUGCCCAGAAAAUUGCAACCACAGCUCAUCUAAUUGACUAUGUCACAGGCCACCCACAAGCCAAAUGAGAAUCCCUUUGUUGUUAGGUGAAUUCGUCAACUUUGUUCUGUUUCCUAUGGAAUGUAACCAUCAUUAGUAGCUUGUAAUAAUUCUGCUGUGGGUAAUCAAAAACAUAGUUACCAUGCCCCCUAAAUCUGAGCACUAAUCCUUUGCAUUCAUAACGAUGUUUGUUAAAGUCAAAUGUGCUGCUUUUCUUGUUUCUUUAUCGCUGAUGUGAACUUAGAGAUUUUCACAAAUGACUGAAUAAAUGGCGGUCCUUUAU